CGCCUUGCCAUGCCUUUCGCGCGACAUUUUGAGCAAAGCGGUUGGCUUGGAAAUCUCGAACUGGAGUCCAGAUAUGGGAUGGAGUGAGCCCACAGCUUGGCGCCUGCCGGACCUGGCGGCAAAGAGGGCAAGAGUAAGAAGCCCGCGCGCGUGCGAGCCACGCCCCGCACAGCGUCAAAAGGCUGAGUCGUGCAGGACCCCCGACGUGUCAAGUAUCCCGUAUGAGUCAGGCCAAAUGCACUUGAUGCGGCGACGAGGAGAAGGAUCAACGCCAAGGUUCGAAGGCAGCUCGAGAGCUGUGGCCAAGGGAGCGUUGAAGGGCCCUCACUCUGACUCGUCGCGCACGACCAACCGCGCCGCCGUGGCUCGGCAGCGAAGGCGGGCCGGGCCGCACGUGCGGCUCCCUGCUCGUGCUUCCCCAGCACGCAGGCCGCGCCCCUCGUUGGCAGGCAAGGGGGUGCUUGCAAGCGACACUCUGCGCAUUCCUCCCGCGCUCGAUGCCACUCUGCCCACGUCUGAACGCUGCUGCUGACUGAUAGAUGCUGGAGCCGAGCCGACGUGAAGUCGGGGUGCGGCCAG